AUGAGUGAACCAUUACAAGAAGUACAGGACAUCGAGAUUGAGUCCAACUGGGAUGAAAUUGUCGACAACUUUGACAAUAUGAACCUCAAAACCGAGCUUCUCCGUGGUGUCUAUGCUUAUGGUUUUGAGCGGCCUUCGACCAUUCAGCAGCGUGCAAUUAUGCCUGUUAUCAAGGGCCAUGAUGUUAUUGCCCAGGCCCAGUCUGGCACGGGUAAGACGGCCACUUUUUCUAUUUCCAUUCUGCAGUCAAUCGAUGUGUCCUUGAAGCACACCCAGGCUCUGAUCCUUGCCCCGACCCGUGAACUGGCUCUCCAGAUCCAAAAGGUUGUGCUUGCGCUGGGUGACUUUAUGGGUAUCGAGUGCCACGCCUGUAUUGGUGGCACCAACGUCCGUGACGAUAUCACCAAGCUCCAGUCCGGUGUCCACAUUGUUGUCGGCACUCCCGGCCGUGUCUAUGACAUGAUUAACACCCGUGGAGCACUCAAGACCGAGCACAUCAAGAUGUUUGUUCUCGAUGAGGCCGACGAGAUGCUCUCGCGUGGUUUCAAGGACCAAAUCUAUGAUGUCUUCCAGCUCUUGCCCGAGACCACUCAGGUCGUUCUGCUGUCGGCCACCAUGCCCUCGGAUGUCAUGGAGGUUACGACCAAGUUCAUGCGGGAUCCUAUCCGGAUUCUUGUCAAGCGUGACGAACUGACCCUGGAAGGUAUCAAGCAGUUUUAUGUUGCGGUCGACAAGGAGGAAUGGAAGCUCGACACCCUCUGCGAUCUCUACGAGACCGUUACAAUCACCCAGGCUGUAAUCUUCUGCAAUACCCGCCGCAAGGUCGACUGGCUGACCGACAAGCUCCAUGCCCGAGAAUUCACUGUGUCGGCCAUGCACGGUGAAAUGGACCAAUCCCAGCGCGAUCUUAUCAUGAAGGAGUUCCGGUCCGGUUCUUCGCGAGUCCUGAUCACCACCGAUCUGUUGGCCCGUGGUAUUGAUGUCCAGCAGGUUUCGCUGGUCAUCAACUAUGAUCUGCCCUCAAACCGCGAAAACUACAUCCACAGAAUCGGUCGUGGUGGUCGUUUCGGUCGCAAGGGUGUCGCAAUCAACUUUGUUUCAAAUGACGACGUCCGUAUGAUGAGAGAUAUCGAACAGUUUUACAACACACAGAUCGAAGAGAUGCCCAUGAAUGUUGCUGAUCUCAUCUAAAAAAGAAAGAAAAAAGAAAAAGAAAAGAAAAAGAAAACGCACAAAAAUCAAUACCAAUUCAACAAUUUAACAAAAAGAAAUAGCAGUAAUAAUAAGGAUAAGAAUAAGGAUAAUAUAGCAGCAGUAAAAAUUAUUUUCUUUUUUUCUAUAUAUAAAAAAAAAACAACCACAUUUAUUAUUAAUAUUAUUUUGGUUUAAAUCCAUAUAUA